CCAUUUAGCUAAUAUGAGUGGAUGUCACAAUUUGGGGGAGAACGUUCAAAUGAAGGUGAGUCAGUGACCUCAAACGGCUGGCUAACAUCAGGUUUUCGUGCCGGUACCAUGUUGACUGGUGUGUUCAGACUGCAUGGCCUGGUGGUGGCGUCCCACCCAUGGGAGGUGAUCGUGGGCACUGUGGUCCUCACCGUGUGCCUUAUGUCCAUGAACAGCCUGGCCGCCACUAACCAGGUCUGCAGCUGGAACGAGGACUGUCCAAAACUUCAGGAGAGAAUCCUGAGCAGUGACAUCAUCAUUCUAACAGUCACUCGCUGCAUGGCCAUCAUUUACAUCUAUAUCCAGUUCCAGAAUCUUCGACAGCUUGGCUCCAAAUACAUACUUGGUAUUGCAGGAUUUUUCACGGUGUUUUCCAGCUUGGUUUUCAGCACGGUGGUAAUCCACUUUCUGGGGAAAGAGUUGACGGGCCUAAAUGAAGCACUCCCGUUUUUUCUCUUGCUCAUCGACUUGUCCAAGGCGUGCGCCCUGGCCAAGUUCGCCCUCAGCUCAAACUCUCAGGAGGAAGUGAGGGAAAACAUCUCCCAGGGCAUGGCCAUCCUGGGCCCCACGUUCACCCUGGACGCCCUGGUGGAGUGCCUGGUCAUUGGCAUAGGCACCAUGUCAGGAGUGCCCCAGCUGGAGAUCAUGUGCUGCUUCGGGUGCAUGUCUGUUCUGGCCAACUACUUUGUCUUCAUGACCUUUUUCCCUGCCUGUGUGUCUCUGGUCCUGGAGUUAUCCAGGGAGAGCCGGGAGGGGCGCCCGAUCUGGCAGCUGAGCCACUUUGCCCGCGUGCUGGCUGAGGAGGAGGACAACAAGCCCAACCCAGUCACCCAGAGGGUCAAGAUCAUCAUGUCUCUGGGCUUGGUCCUGGUCCACGCCCACAGUCACCUGGCCACGGAGAACUCGGGCCAGAACCGUACCACGGAGGGGCAGAUGAUCAAGAGGCUGGAUCCCAAUAACAGCCUGUGGCCUCUGUCUGUGUUCAGUAUGGACCUGGAGCAGGUGAUAACCCUCGCGCUGGCUCUCCUCCUGGCCGUCAAAUACAUCUUCUUCGAGCCGACCGAGACCGACUCCCCCUUGUCCCUGAAGAGCCCCAUCGCCAGCCCCCCUCCAGCCGUGGCCCAGCGGGGGGUGGAGGACUGCUGCAGGAGGGAGCCAGCCCCCCACAAGGCCCCACAGAGGACAGCCGGCACCCCCGCCCCGAGCCCAGGGGCAGAGCCUCCCUCGGGGGGCUCCGCAGGCGAGGCGACAGGCCCUCGUCUGGUGGUCCCGCCCCAGCAGAACGGACCCUGUUGUCCCGGCUCCCGUGUUGCUGCCGCCGCUUCGCCCCGCUCCCCCGCACCUCCCCCAUCCUCCCCCGCACCUCCCCCAUCCUCCCCCCGCCCCCUGGAGGAAUGCCUAGCCAUCCUGUCGGACCCAGAGAGGGGCGCCCGUUCCCUUAGCGACGCAGAGGUCACGCUGCUGGUGACCUCCAGGAACAUCCCGACCUAUAAGCUGGAAGCCGUCAUGGAAACGCCAGAGAGGGGCGUGGCUAUCCGAAGAGAAAUGCUGUCGUCCAAGCUGCCCGACCCCUCCGCCCUGGUCGGCCUGCCAUACAAGGGCUACGACUUUUCAAAGGUGAUGGGGACCUGCUGCGAGAACGUCAUUGGCUACAUGCCCGUUCCGGUGGGAGUGGCCGGCCCGCUCCUAUUGGACGGGAAGGAGUUCCACGUUCCCAUGGCGACCACAGAGGGCUGUCUGGUGGCCAGCACCAACAGAGGAUGUCGAGCCGUCGCUCUGAGCGGAGGCUGCAGCAGUCGUAUCCUAGGAGACGGGAUGACCCGCGGCCCUGUGGUCCGGCUGCCCUCUGCCUGCCGGGCAGCCGAGGUCAAGGCCUGGCUGGAGACCCCUGACGGCUUCAGCACCAUCAAGCAGGCCUUCGACCACACCAGCAGGUUUGCCCGUCUGGAUAAGCUGCAGAUAGGCCUGGCUGGAAGGAACCUGUACGUCCGUUUCCAGUCCCAGACAGGAGACGCCAUGGGCAUGAACAUGCUCUCCAAGGGUACAGAGCAGGCUGUGUCUACCCUGCAGCAACAGUUCCCAGACCUGCAGGUGUUGUCGGUCAGCGGGAACUACUGCACCGACAAGAAGCCCGCAGCCAUAAACUGGAUCCUGGGCAGGGGCAAGUCUGCCGUGUGUGAGGCCACCGUCCCCGCCAAGGUCGUCCGAGAGGUCCUGAAGAGCAGCACGGCCGCGCUGGUGGAGCUCAACCUCAACAAGAACCUGGUGGGCUCGGCCAUGGCCGGCAGCAUCGGGGGCUUCAACGCCCACGCGGCCAACAUCGUGGCGGCCAUCUACAUCGCCUGCGGGCAGGACCCGGCCCAGACGGUGGGAAGCUCCAACUGCAUCACCCUCAUGGAGGCUGCCGGCCCCGGUGGAGAGGACCUGCACAUCAGCUGCACCAUGCCCUCCAUAGAGCUGGGCACGGUGGGGGGAGGCACCAACCUGGAGCCCCAACAGGCCUGCCUGCAGAUCCUGGGCGUCCAGGGCUCCAGUCCGGACCAGCCGGGUCAGAACGCCCGGCAGCUGGCCAGGGUGGUGUGUGGCACCGUCCUGGCCGGAGAGCUGUCCCUCAUGGCUGCCCUGGCGGCCGGACACCUCGUCAAGAGCCACCUCACACACAACCGAUCAAAGGUGAACUUGCCGGAAAUGCACCCGUCACACUCUGAGAAGGCAGCAUGACACACAAGAGGCAUCAACCAAUCGGAAGAGAGCAUCUCAUGACUACAAAGGACCUGUGAACUCUGGGAGUUGUGGUGAGAGAGGACUCGGCCCCUGCUCAAAGGCCCAUAAGACCGACUCUCCCGGGAGGAAGAGGACGUUUUGGGCCUGGACAGAAAUGCAUCCGAAAGCUUUGAAAGGCACAUUUCUGAGAGCCUGCUGACUGUCACACACACACACUGCAGAACGGAUACCUGUGUGGUGUUGAGUUGGCCCCGAUGGUGAACGAUUGUUUUUAAUUGAGAUUUUUUUGACAGUUUUAUUUAAAUGGAAACCCACAAAUGACGGCUCUUGUCGGUAGAUGACAAGUUGAUUGAGGUUCGCAGCGGGAGAAUGAACUCCUGUUGUGUGCACUGAAUUCUAAGCUUCCGAGUCACAGCUCCUGUGAUACUCAGACAAUCAUGUCCAAGGACGAGUCCAGUCAACAUCUCCCGUUCAGCAGGUUGUACCAAAUACCGCGAGAAUACGGCAUGCACACGAUCAGAAAUCACACUUCACAGGGUCGCUCUUAUCCCCGCAGAGAGCUCCCUUUGCACUUGCCAAAUAAUUGAGACGACAACCAUGAAAAAUGACAUUUCGUUUGGCGCUGAAAAGAUUGAUUUUUGUUUUGAAUGUUUUUAUUUAAUGGAGUUGUUUCGACAGAUGUCGAAUGUUGCUGUAUGAAUGCACUGCGGGGAGCUGCAAACCAGGAAGUGUUAAAUGUACAGUUUGAUUAGGUGAUUGCUUUAAAAAAAUAUAUAUAUAUUAUCUAUGAUCGGUAGUUUCACUGUCUCCCCUCAGCAGGGCGUGUAUGUGUAUGUGUACCGACGAGGUUAAUGAUGGUUGUGCAGCUCCUUGACUGAACCACUCAAUACAGACUCCUGGUCAUUUCAACAGCAGACGCACAAUCAUGUGUGAUUGUAUUAGCUGUGCGAAUGGGGAAAACUGGAAACUUAAAAAGCCAUACAAACCGCCUUCUUUAAUUGCUUCCUUAGACGUUAGCCUUCGUUGACGGGAUGGUAGUUGACGAGCAGAGCUCAAUGUGAAAGAGAUUGGUAUUUGCAGUGGGCUUAUUGAGUCUUAUUUGCUAUUGUUUAAACACAAUAAAACCGCACUAUUGGCCUUAUGACUUCAGAAUAUUCAACUCCAGCUUGUUCUAAAAGUAAUGCUACUGUACGACUAAUACCCAUCUGUCCAAUAACUUGUCUGUUCCCAGUGUAUUUUGCUACAAAUACAAAUGCUAUGUUUCCAGUAAAGACACCGUCUUUUGUUUGGUUUCUGUUUGUAUCUGUGUCUGAAAUCACAGCCACACAACAUAAGGAUAAGAAUGUCAUUUAUUUCUAAACAGGUCUGAAGUGCUACAUUUCACAGUACAGGUUGAUGUCGUUUCCUCAGUUUUAGUGUGAAUUUAUUUAUUUUCCCUCCGCACAAUCAUUCCCACGUUACAUUCAGUGCAAAUUAAGUCACCCAGAUUCUCGGGGGGGGGGGGGGGGGGGGG